CAUACACGCUUACGCACACGCACACUUCGCUCGGUCGUGUCUGUCCAUCUGUCUACCGUUCACCUUCGUCCUGCCUGAUAGAGUGGCCUCUUCCCUCUUCAAAAUUUCCCUCUUCUUUUCUGUGCUGUGAAAGACCCUUUUCAGCCUUUUGUCUACUGCAACCCGAACCGAGUCACAUUACCGUCGGUCGUCAUAUAAGAUCCUGACCUUGAACCACAUGGUCCUGCAGUCUUCUGUGCAGUCACUGAACCUAAGAAAAACCAAUAGGCCGGCGUGGAUUCCAUCGCCUCGGAAGACUUCACCUAUUAAUAUCCAAGCUUCGCAUGCGAAGCUCAUUCAAACAACAUGCAGACCUAUAACGGCCAUGUACGAACGCCGACCGACGCAAUAAUAUUGUUCGAAGCAUGUCGUAUCGGUCUACUUCCGCGAGUGCAGCGAAGAUUAUCCGAGAAGGAACGCCAGAGCAUCAAAUCAGGAUCAGUAUUCGUCUGGGAUGAACGCGAAGCGGGCAUGCGUCGUUGGACUGAUGGAAAGUCAUGGAGUGCCAGUCGGGUUUCAGGCAGCUUCCUCACCUACCGUGAGAUGGAGGGCAAACGUGGCGGCAGCGGCUUCGACAAGACAGCCAAUCGUGAUGGCAUGAGCAAUCCAGACGGUGAUUCCGAUGGUGGACCAGAUGGCUAUCGCUACAAGCCCGAUGGUCUCAUGAAGCAGUCAUUCUCCAUCACGACCAACAGCAACCAGCAUCUUCAUCUUAUCAGCUACUUCUCACGAUCAUCGACGAAUUCUCCCAAUCUUAUCCAACCUUCGAACGACCCACAACUACGACACAUACGACCAGAGAAGGGCAUGUAUCCCGAAUCUACUGUUCACGAGCAGAGUGCCAUCCCAGCGGUGACCCGGGGUCCGAUGCACUCUCCAGGGUAUGCUCAGCCACCUCACCAACAACCACCAUAUACACGCGGCCCUCCAGCACAGUACUACCCUCCACAAUGGGCUCCUCCGAGCCCCAUGCAUACUCCUCCGCCGCACCACACACAUCACCAAUCACCUCACCAACACCAACCAUAUUACCAACAGCCACCAUAUGUCUCGGGUCAACCGUCGCAUCAUCAGCAUCCUGCUCACAGCUAUGGAUCCCCGUCACACCCGCACCCUUAUGAUCGACCACCACCGCCGAGUUCCCACGGCCCUGCUCCACACAGCCACCAUUAUCCACCUGGUCCACCUGGUCCACCACCACCUUCAAGCGGGCAUGCGCACAACUACCCGCCCCCUUCAUCCAGCUACUACAGCGGCUACGCAUCUCACCGACAAACAUCGCCUCAUCAUAGCCGCCCCUACAGUUACGACAAGCGAAAUUCUCCCGAGCGAGCACGCCACGAAGCUCCCGAGAAGAGGAGCGACUCGCACCAGGAAACGAAGCGGCCUCCACCUCCGCCUGCACCUGUGCAUCGUGCCGAACCUCCUGCUUCUACAGCUCAAACCAUUCCGAGCAUUUCCGCGAUGCUCAACAAUAGCGAGGAUAGCCGACCGCCCAUGCGUCCGAGCAGCCGAAGCCCUGGAGGCACCCUUCGCAAACUCCAGGACAUUCCUAGCCACAAACUCGGAUUCGAGGUCAACCGCGAUGUUCACACGUUACGAACACUUGACAAGACGACCUUCAAGGGCUACUAAACUUGAUUUCACUUUCUUCUCCUUCCUGCGUCCUCUUCAUUGAAGGGACCUCGAAUUGUCACCGGCGUUUCGUUCUGGAAGAUAGAUGAGGGUUCCAUUAUAUUUGCAGUCUUGGGAUGUUCGGAUUUUUACCAGCGAGGUGUUGGUCUUUCAUUAUGCGGUUUUAAGUCGCUGCUGGCCUCCGGGCAUUUGCUCUGGCUCAUCAUGGGCGAGCCUUCCAUUGCUGGUUCUCCAAUUUUCAAUGCGGGAGGGAAUGAUACCACAUUGCUUUUGUUCGAUCUUCGCUACUACUUGCAUUUGGUUGAUAGACUAGGCUGCUAGUCAUGCGGCCUGAAGAAGUUCGAUAUCUUGAUAACGACGCACAAUUUUUGGCCUCGCGUUCAUUC